AAUCUUUCCCCAAAGAUCCGCCAUUUCAGCCUCUGAGUUUUAUAUUGCAAAUUACUUAAGAGAUUUAUUUUAAAACGCCUUGACAAAUAAAUUAUAGAUUUCUGGUUGCCACAAUUAAUUCUUAAUUAAGGGGUUAACUGUAUUGUUUCGUGGGAGUCUGUGAAAUGUACAUAGAUGUAACGGUUUAAAGCGGUAUCGAUGCCAUGUUUUUUUCCCGGAGCGUGUUCCUUAGUGAACCAAAGUUUUUGUAUGAGUUGAAUCCCGAUUGCGAAUAGGGAGAGGCAAGGGGAAGGCCUUGGAUACUCGGAGUGGAUUUGGAGCCAUGGCCGGGAAUUUUGAUGCCGAGGACCGUGCUAGCUGGUACUGGGGAAGGUUGAGCCGACAGGAGGCGGUUUCUCUCUUGCAGGGUCAGAGACAUGGCGUAUUCCUAGUCAGGGACUCGAUUACCAGUCCUGGGGACUACGUGCUAUCCGUCUCAGAAAACUCAAAAGUCUCACAUUAUAUAAUUAACAGCAUCAGCAACAACCGGCAAUCUGGAUCAGGUCUGGCCCCCCCACGGUUCCGCAUCGGGGAUCAGGAGUUUGACGCCCUACCCGCCCUGCUGGAGUUCUACAAGAUCCACUACCUGGACACCACCACUCUGAUCGAGCCCAUCAGCAAGGCCAAACAUGCAGGCUUCGUGAGCUGUGCCGCCGCUGCAUCAGGCGGCGCCCUACAGGAGGCAGAGUUUGUUCGCGCCCUCUUCGACUUCCCUGGCAACGACGAGGAGGACCUGCCCUUCCGCAAGGGCGACGUUCUGCGCGUGCUGGAGAAGCCUGAGGAGCAGUGGUGGAACGCGGCCAACCAAGAGGGCCGUGUCGGCAUGAUUCCCGUGCCCUACGUGGAGAAGUACCGGCCUGCCUCGCCCAACUCCUUGGUGGCUCCGGCGGCAGGGAGGCCUGGCGGAGCAGGAGGAGUAGGCGGAGUACCGCCAGGUGUUGGAGCCAGCACUACCGACGGAGCAGCUCCCCAGCUGCCCCCGCCUCUGGGGGAGCCGGGCCAGUAUGCCCAGCCUGUGGGCAAUACACCCCUGCCCAACCUGCAGAAUGGGCCUGUCUACGCCCGUGCCAUUCAGAAGAGGGUGCCCAACGCCUACGACAAGACGGCCCUCGCCUUGGAGGUCGGAGACAUGGUAAAAGUGACCAAGAUCAACGUGAACGGCCAGUGGGAGGGCGAGUGCAAGGGCAAACACGGCCACUUUCCCUUCACGCACGUCCGGCUUCUGGACCACCAACACCCUGAGGAUGAGAGCUGAGAGACACACUUAGUCUCACUCCUCACUUCACAAAAUCCCUCUGUGAUUUUUUUCUCACAUAUGAUAGAAAGAGCACACAGGAUAUACGGACUACAGUGGUCAGGAGUUGCAACUCAGCAGCUGUUGUUGCCAAUGGGGCUGGAGUACACUCCCCUCCCUUCACAUACACACACAGAAUAGAGUUUACACUUCCACCCCAGUAUUGAAGUCCUGAUACACGACACACAGCAGCGUUUAUGACCCCUCUCCCAUGUUAUCCACAAAAACCUCCUCUACAUACAUACGCACACAAUUCAGAUACUUGUGUAUAUGUGGCUUCUCUCACAGACUCCUGGAUCACCCUUUUGUAGUAACGGACUGUGAACUUGGCAGUGAGAAGAGAAGCCACCCUGACUCCUAAUUUUGACUCCCUCUUGUGGAGACAUGUGCUCACUGCGACUGAAACCGACCAUUGCUGCACUUCACAGACAGCAGGAGUUACCACAGCACACUCCACUACUCACCACAGGGGCUCUAACCCAGCCCCUCUCUGCUACAAACCCCACACUACAAACCCCCAAGUCCCCUUUUUGUACUGAAAUGAAAAAUAUUAUGAUAGAAUUAUGACAGGUACAGCAACUGCCAAAAGAAAGGAAACACUUGAGUAAAUGAUGGAUACAAAGUAUAUUGAAAGCAGGUGCUUUCACACAGGUGCGGUUCCUCAGCAAUUCCUAAGCAAUUAACAUCCCAACAUGAUUAGGGUCAUGUAUAAAAUGCUGGGCAGGCAUUGUUUUGGCUAACAUGGCUAUGCCCCCAUAGGAUGACAAUGCGCAAUGGUUCGAUGAGCAUGAAAACGAUGUAAACCAUAUGAUGUGGCCAUCUGUCACCAGAUCUCAACCCAAUUGUACACUUAUGCGAGAUUCUGGAGUGGCGCUUGAGACCACCAACAAAACACCAAAUGAUGGUAUUUCUCAUGGAAUGGUGUCACAUCCCUCCAAUAGAGUUCCAUCCAGAAAUGUGUAUAAUCUAUGGCAAGGCACAUUGAGGCUGUUCUGGCUCAUGGUGGCACAACUCCCUAUUAAGACACUAUUGGCGUUUCCUUUUUUUGGGCAGUUAUAUAUAGUACCAGUCAAAAGUUUGGACACACCUACUCAUUCAAGAGUUUCUUUAUUUUUACUAUUUUCUACAUUGUAGAAUAAUAAUGAGACAUCAAAACUAUGAAAUAACACAUGGAAUCAUGUAGUAACCAAAAACGUGUGAAACAAAUCAAAAUGUUUUUAUAUUUGUGAUUCUUCAAAGUAGCCACCCUUUGCCUUUGACAGCUUGUACACUCUUGGCAUUCUCUCAACCAGCUUCACCUGGGAUGCUUUUCCAACAGUCUUGAAGGAGUUCCCACGUUGGCUGCUUUUCCUUCACUCUGCAGUUCAACUCAUCCCAAACCAUCUCAAUUGGGUUGAGGUUGGGUGAUUGUGGAGGCUAGGUUAUCUGAUGCAGCACUCCAUCACUCUCCCUAUUGCUCAAAUUGCCCGUACACAUCCUGGAGAUGUGUUGGGUCAUUGUCCUGUUGAAAAACAAAUGAUAGUCCCACAAAGUGUAAACCAGAUGGGAUGGCGUAUCGCUGCAGAAUGCUGUGGUAGCCAUGCUGGGUAAGUGUAUCUUGAAUCCUAAAUAAAUCACAGACAGUGUCACCAGCAAAGCACCCCCACACCAUCACACCUCCUACUACAUGCUUCACGGUGGGAACCACACAUUCAGAGAUCAUCUGUUCACCUACUCUGCGUCUCACAAAGACAGUGUUUUUGCGACUGCUUUGAAACUUUCUAUGUUCUUGAAAUUUUCCGGAUUGACUGACCUUCAUGUCUUAAAUUAAUGAUGGACUGUAGUUUCUCUUUGCUUAUUUGAGCUGUUCUUGCCAUAAUAUGGACUUGGUCUUUUACCAAAUAGGGCUAUCUUCUGUAUUACCAACCCUACCUUGUCACAACACAACUGAUUGGCUCAAACGCAUUAAGAAGGAAAGAAUUUCCACAAUUGUACUUUUAAUAAGGCACACUUGUUAAUUGAAAUGCACUCCAGGUGACUGCCUCAUGAAGCUGGUUGAGAGAAUGCCAAGAGUGUGCAAAGCUAUCAUCAAGGCAAAGGGUGGCUACUUUGAAGAAUCUUGAAUAUAAAAUAUAUUUUGAUUUGUUUACCACUGUUUUGGUUACUACAUGAUUGGUUACUAUGUUAUUUUAUAGUUUUGAUGUCUCGACUAUUAUUCUACAAUGUAAAAAAUAGUAAAAAUAAAAACUCUUGAAUGAGUAGGUGUCAACUUCUGACUGGUACUGUAUAUAUAUCAUUACAUGCUAAAUAUUAUGUAAAAUGUUUUGUUUUUUCGUUGCCCUGUGUGUGGUCACUGUUAUGCGUCUAUCUGAAACACUAUGAUGACUGUCUGGGGAGGAAGUGGAGACAUUCCUUAGGACUGUCCGGUAUCGGGCCUUCGUCUAGUCCGCCUCAUUGUUUUGAGAAAUGGUCAUAUAAGGAGGGUAUACAGUGGCCAGACAAUGACAGAAAAAUGUAAAUAUACCAACACCGCCCUCUCUCCUCAUACCUUGAUUUGCCAAGUCCCCUCCUCUCCCAUCCUGUCAGUCUCCUCCACCUGUCUCAUUCAUUUGUUACAUGGUCUGAUCCAUUUCCUCCCGGACCUCCCCUAUGCUAAAGACACUAGAGGCACCUACAGAUUACAGUUAUGUUUUAGUGUACAUAAAGGCCUUUUGGCAGAUGGAACCUGUUAACGUCACAUUUGAAAUGAUACAGACUUAGUUCCCAGCACUGUGAUGCAUAAGUUCACAUUGUCACACAGCCGCAGCCUUAAUCCUUUGGUGUCUCCCCUAGUUUCCCUCCCACGUGGUCGUAGCAAACACAGUAAAUAUACAUACACGUUUUUAAGUUGACUGAAUUCAUUGUUUCUGUCAGCUACGUUUCAACUGGGAGCUCUAAGUUAGGUCUGGGUUGUAUUCAGUAGGACACCAUGUUGAAAGUGUUUUAAAAAGUUAUGCAACAGAAAACGAUAUUGAAUGUUUCUUAUCGGACAAGUUUGGGUAGUACCUCCCUGUUUCAAAACCUUUCCUCCCGACUGAACAUGACCACGUUCAAUUCCCUAGUGUCUCCCUUAGUGCCAAUCUAUCAUCCUCUCACCCAGUACCUACCCUCUGGGCACAGUUAUGACACAUCCUGCCACUGACGUGCCAGAUACACCGCAGUAUGCUAAACGUCCUCAUCAGAUGAUUACACUACAUUGCUUAAGGACUGUGGGUGAAAGGCACAUUGAUCAUAGUAACAUGGGUAGGUAUAUUGACCAAUCGUAGGCACAUGUGAGUGUUUUAGGCCAAUCAUCGUCAUUUGGGGAGGAUCUGUUUAUUUUGUCCUUUCUACCUCGUCUGAAUUGUUUUAAUUGAUGUUAAUUGUCUUUCCGAAAUAGGAAAAUAACAUGACCUGAAGUGCCAGGCGCAGUUCAUCUGUAUUUUUGUGGAAAUGUUGGUAGAUUUUAUUUCCUUAUUUUUUUAUAUAUUUUUUUGCCAACCGAACAAUUAUAGUCCAAACACUCCUUAAUCCCUCAACUAUACCCUGUGGUAUUAUUGUGUAAAUGUGCAUAGUUGCUCAACUUUCCCAACAGUGUAAGAACCUACGUUCCUUCCAAGUCCAUGUCUAUGAAGCUGCAAGACUUUUUAAUAAUGCUAAGAGUGAGAAUAUUAAUUACAAGCCCUGUGUAGAUGUUUUCUAUGUUAAAGUUUACAAAGACACUGCUCUAUUGAAGGCAGCACUGAGGGCAAUCUGCAUAACUUGUGUUGACUGCAGAAUCAUUGUUUUUAUGAGACAAUGAACAGUUAAAAUGUGUCUGUAACAGUUUGAAUGGUUUUAUGCUCUGUAUGUGAUAUAAACAGAGUUCAGUGACAGGAGGAGUAGUACGACAAGAGGAUGAUUGAACUAUGACACACUACAGAAAGCACCAGGGUUGUGUUCAGUAAAAAAAUUGUUCUUACUGGUCAAGUUCAGGUAGUAGGCUACCUCCCAGUUUCACUGUUUUGUUUCCUCCCUACUGAACCAGACCACAACCAGACUCGUGUUGCCCAGGUUAAAUAAUAUUUCUAUAUGUUUUAAUGAAUUAGAAAUUAUGCAAUCUGUAUUUAGCAAUGACAGCGAGAGAUUUACACAAAUAAAUGAAUGACAAACUCAAACUGAAAAUAUGACAUUAAACUGCCUGACUGAGUUCUCCUAUUGCAUAACUUUGAAUUAUUUGUUUAAGUCAAUACUGCAGAUUGGGAAGGGUGCUGUGGACAUGUACCUGGCACCUCUCAUUUUCCCUUUCUAGUUUUCUUGAACUCUGUUGUCAAUACUGUUUGGAUUUCUUGAAAGGAAACAAAUAAUUGAUGUGCUUUCUGUUGGUCUUUGGCUUUUUAAUGUUGUCCUCUGGUAUGGCACUGAUGGGUAUGUAUUUUACCAUUAUGUUCAUAGUGUAAGAAGUUGUUGUACUUUGUUUGGUUAACAUUGCUCAAAUGUUCUCGAACAUUUCCCACCAACACCAUUCUGCAAUGUGUUGCCAGUUGAGCCAGGUCAUGUUGUGUCUGUUGUACUUGCAUGUUGCUUCCAGUGACACCCGUCUGUCAUCCAACCAUCUCAGGCUUGCCUUGAAGAGACUGUCUCCAUUUCAUAGAGGGCCAUGAUCAUAUGAUACCGUUUUGUCUAGUGGAGUAUAGGCCAGUCAGGUGAAGCAACUUUCGCCCUUGGACCAACGAAUACUUGGAUUUUAAAAUGGUGUCCUUUCACAAACAUUUUUCAACGUUGAAUCCCUUUUCUGCACCUUAUCUCUUAUAUUGCCUCUGUUACUGAUGAUAGUUUUUUUAUGCCUCAUCAUCAUUCAUGCCAAACUGUUUUCAUUCUCCUGUAUUUUUGUAGGUAAUUCCACAGAAACUGAAUUACGCUGGUUUAAAAAAAGAAAGAAAGAAAUGUUAUGCCAAACAAAAAAUGGUUUAUUUUUAAGUUUAAUAACAAACCAUACAACUAUGCACAAUGACUAAUUUGAACAAUUUAAACAGUAAAUUACAAACAAAAAAAUAACAUUUACUGGAAAAACUAUCUGCACAGUUCUUCCUGUAAAUAUUUUUUGUAAAAAUGUAUAAGUAGUCAUUGUGCAUACAGUUUGUAUGGUUAAACUUUGAAAUUAACUUUUGUUUGGUAUACAUUUUUAAAGUGAAAUCUCAGUGUAAUUCCAUUACAUGAAAUUGCCCUAUCCCAAUUCCAAUUUUCCUUUCGUGCCAUCCCUUUUCUUUUGAAGAGGACAGGAGUGGGUGAAAAUAUAAAUCAUUGAUUUUAAGAUGUUCCAUUGUGAUAUAACACUAUUAUUUGAAGUUCACAUUUUACCUUUUAUUUUCUGUAGCAUGUAAUGUGUUAAUAUCCUUAGUAAAUAAAAACCUAUUACAAUUGUG